UAAAACGAUAAGAAGAUAAGCCCAUCGUUUUCUUCCUUCUUCCUCCUUCUCCUUCCUCCUUCAUUCUCUGUUUCUGUCUGUCUGAAGUUAACUCCAAGUUCUUCCCAUGGUACCCCUAGUUUCCCUCCACACAUCCACAACCCAACCCCUCCUAUAUACACCAGCCGCCGCCCCAUUUAUCCAACCCCACCUCUCCCGCACCAAAGCCCAUCCUCCCCGACGAACCCAAUUUCUCAUAUCAUCGAUCUCCCAGAACUCUCAUCGAUUCACCAGCCAAAACCCCCAACCCCCGCAAGCUCAGCCGCCGAGAACCCAGUUCCCAGGUGGGUUCAAGCGCCCGGAGGUCAGGGUCCCCAAUGUCGUGCUCCAAUUGGACCCGGACGAAGUCCUUGCCGGCGAGGAUGCUUUGGAUUUGGUAGACAAGGCGGUAUCGAAGUGGGUCGGGGUUCUGGUCCUUAAUGGUCGUGAUUCAAGCGGCGGCAGGCUCUAUGAAGCCGCCUGUAAGCUGAAAUCGGUGAUUAGAGACCGCGCCUACUUGUUGAUCUCCGAGAGGGUCGAUAUCGCCGCCGCGGCUAAUGCCAGUGGAGUUCUGCUCUCCGAUCAAGGUCUUCCUACCAUUGUAGCAAGAAGCACAAUGAUGGCUUCUAAAUCCGAUUUGGUUGUCCUUCCUUUGGUGGCAAGAUAUGUGCAAGAUAUAGAUGGUGCCAUAAAUGCAUCCAACUCUGAAGGAGCUGACUUUCUUAUAUACGAUAUUGCUGGACAGGAAAAUGUUCUUCUGGCACUCAACAGUCUGUUUAAAACUGUAAAGAUACCAAUAUUUGUCACGUUCACUUCUUAUAACGCCUUAUAUAAGGAGGGGCCAGCAUUAUUGAAAUCUGGUGCUAGUGGAUUAGUUACGUCUUUGAAAGAUUUCCAGCUGCUUGAUGAUGAGGCUUUGAGCAAAUUGUUUGACAUUGUGUACAUGCUGAAUAGUGACACACAAGAUGAAGUUGAAGGCUUAAGUAAGCUCACGUAUUUGGAUGCCCAUGAUGGUCCCAUCAACAGUACAAGUGUUGCUGGUUUUCUUAAAUUGGAGGAUAGAGAAAAAAAGUUCAUAGAAGCAGAAAGAUCAGUGUUGCUUAAAGCAAUAAAUGUCAUCCAGAAAGCUGCUCCACUGAUGGAGGAGGUUUCACUUCUCGUUGAUGCGGUUUCUCAAAUUGAUGAGCCAUUUUUACUGGUUAUAGUGGGUGAAUUUAACUCUGGCAAGUCAACUGUUAUUAAUGCCUUGCUCGGGAAUAAAUAUCUUAAAGACGGGGUUGUUCCUACAACUAAUGAGAUUACUUUCUUACGGUAUACUGAGAUGGAUGCUGGUGAGGAACAGCGUUGUGAAAGGCCGCCAGAUGGUCAAUAUAUAUGCUACCUUCCUGCUCCGAUUCUUAAAGAAAUGAACGUUGUUGAUACACCUGGAACUAAUGUGAUUCUCCAAAGGCAACAAUGCCUUACUGAGGAAUUUGUGCCCCGUGCUGAUCUGCUUCUUUUUGUUAUCUCUGCUGAUCGCCCGUUAACUGAAAGUGAGGUUGCGUUUCUUCGUUAUACUCAGCAAUGGAAGAAGAAAGUUGUGUUUGUCUUGAAUAAAUCUGAUAUCUACCGCAAUGCCCAUGAGCUUGAGGAAGCUAUGUCAUUCAUCAAGAAGAAUACACAAAAACUUUUGAAUACUGAACAUGUGACUUUAUUUCCUGUGUCUGCGCGCUCUGCUCUUGAAGCAAAACUUUCAGCUUCUAUGUUUGGGAAAGAUUAUGCAGAACUAUCGACAUCUGAUGCUCAGUGGAAAAGUAGUAAUUUCUCUGAACUUGAGAAUUUCUUGUAUAGUUUCUUAGAUGGGUCAACAAGCACAGGAAUGGAAAGAAUGAAAAUUAAACUGGAAACACCGGUAGCAAUUGCAGAAAAGCUACUUUCUGCUUGUGAAACUCUUGUGACACAGGACUGCCGAUAUGCCAAGCAGGACUUGGCCUCAAUAAAAGAUAUAGUUGGCAGUGUUAAGAACUAUGCAGUUAAGAUGGAAAAUGAAAGCAUUGCUUGGAGAAGAAGAAUUUUAUCUGUGAUUGAUAUUACAAAAUCACGUGUUGUUGAACACAUAGAAGCUACUCUGCAAUUAUCAAAUCUUGAUCUUGUUGCUAACUAUGUUUUCAAGGGGGAAAAAUCCUCCACGAUUGCUACCACCUUGAGGGUUCAAAAUGACGUAAUGGGUCCUGCAUUUUCAGAUGUGCAAAAACAACUUGGAGAAUAUGUGACAUGGUUGCAAUCAGACAGUGCUUGUGAAGGAAGGAUGUAUGCAGAAAUGUUUGAAAAACGUUGGCCUUCAUUUGUCUAUCCAUACAGUGGGGUGCAUUCGGAGAAUUCGCUGAAGAAAGUAAACGAACUCAGCUUGAAAGUGAUAGAGGGCUUCAGUACCAGUGCUGCUUCCAAAUUGUAUGAUCAAGAAAUACGUGAAGUGUCUCUGGCAACUUUUGGUGGACUUGGAGCGGCUGGUUUAUCUGCUUCACUUCUGACGUCUGUGCUGCCCACCACAUUAGAAGAUCUUCUAGCUCUUGGUCUUGCCUCAGCUGGCGGGUUACUAGUAAUCUCAAAAUUUCCAUCUCGUCGGCAAGAGAUGAUAGAGAAGGUGAAAAGGACUGCAGAUGCCUUGGCACGUGAAGUUGAAGAGGCCAUGCAGAAUGAUCUUUCUGAAGCCAUUGGAAAUAUGGAAAUCUUCGUGAAGAACGUUAGCCAGCCUUACCAAGAUACUGCGCAGCAGAGACUAGACAAACUCCUAGAGCUUCAAGAUGAAAUAUCCAAUGUUGAUAAACAACUUCAAACACUUCGAAUCGAAAUCCAAAAUCUUCACGUAUCGUGAUCUCCGGUGGGGUUUAGCCGUCCUGGGCAGUUAGGGCUUCUUGUAAAAUCGUUGUACGGUUUACGUUUGAUCUUUUUCCGUGUGUUAAAAUUUCAUCCCCUGAUUUGGGGUAUUAAAGUGUAAUAUAUUGUUAGUUAUCAAUAAGAAAUAUUACAUGGAAGUUUGAAGUGAA